AUGAAUUCCGCGAAAGCUUUACGUCUCAAGAAUAAACUGAAUUGGCAAACGACUCAAUUUCUUUUUCAUCCAAGUAAAAGUCACAAUUUCAACUAUGACUUAAAUGCAUUAAGAGCUAUUGAACACUAUAUGCAAAAACCGAUAAAUGAUAUUUCUGUAAGGCACACACCAACCAAAGUUGUUUUUCGACAAUAUUUUUACCCUGGUAUUCAACAACCACCACGUGAAGGGGUUAUUCCGAGCUCAGAACCUCCCGUUUUUAAUUCCAACGUAUUUGAUCAGAAAUAUCUUGACAUUCUUAAAGAACGACUUGGAAAAAUGUAUAAUAAAGAUGUGGAGUUUCAAUUGAUUCGUCAACGUUACCCUUUUCUCAAUGCCAGGAUUUUGGCCCAAUACAUAGCUUCGAAUACUUCCCGUUAUAGAAUUAGACAAAUUCGUCGUUCAUUAUUUAAAAAGAUUCCGUUGGUUGGUCGUAGUAUAGGAGAAACUAAGAAAGUUAGUAAAAGCAGCUUAUUAAGUGAUCUUAAUGCGGCCUCACCAACUAAAUGGAUUCAAUUAUCGCGUAUCGGACAUCGAUUCUUACCCAUUCAUUUAUCAGGAUUUAGAAUGAGGAUCUCUGGCAGAAUGAGUCUUCGGAAGGGAGCGGCUAGAGCUAGCAAGGCCACUAGUUCUAUGGGAAGUUUCAGAUUUAACACAAUAAAAAAUACAAUGAUAGAUUAUGCGAAGGUGGAAAGGAAGAAUCAAAAUGGUGCUUAUUGUGUUAAAGUUUGGCUCAGUUCUUCUGUGGCCUAA